AUGGACGACUUCUACCGCGCCAUGCACGCACAGCUGCGCGACAUGAGGGUGGAGGUGCCCUAUCCCACUUACCGCGCGUGUACGGUGACGCCAUGCAGCAACUCCCACCCUCUCGAGGCGCCUGACAAUCAAAGAACUUGGAAAUCAAAAUGGAGGGCACUGGAUGGCGAGGAGGCUAUAAAUCAGUUUCGAAGCCUAGAGAACUUCCCGAAGCCGCCACUAAGACUACCGAUAACACACGACGGGGACGAGCGAUCAUUGAGCGCAGGUUACUGGUUGACCGAUGGCGCUAUGGCCUACCAAAUCAUGGCUGGAGGGUACCUGUAA